CAUUACAUUUUCAUGUACUAUAUAUACAAGGCACUAGUACUUGUAUAAUUCUAGUACUUGUCAUUUGCUUUCUGACUUUGAGCAAGAAUGGCAGCAAUGAUUAUCCUUGGCUUUCAAAACUGCUCCACCUUCAUCUUCCUCUGCCUCUUGACAGUCCUUUGUUACUAUUUUUUCUUCAAGAAACCAAACGGCUCAAGACGUGGCUUUGAUCUACCCCCAAGCCCUCCUUCUCUCCCAAUAAUUGGUCAUCUUCACCUUCUCCUCUCUACUCUUACCCACAAGUCUCUUCAGAAACUCUCAUCCAAGUAUGGACCUCUCCUCCAUCUCCGCAUCUUCAACAUCCCCAUUGUCCUCAUCUCCUCUGCCUCCAUGGCUCACGAGAUAUUUAAGACUCAGGACGAGAACAUCUCCUCUCGUGAAGGUUACAGAGGAUUCUCUUUUUACCGGAUCUUCAAGCGUCAUCUCCUCUUCCUAUGGACAUCACUGGAAGUUCAUGAAGAAGCUCAUGGUCACAAAGCUUCUCGGAGCACAAGCACUAGAGCGGUCAAGAGACGUUCGUGCAGAUGAGCUAGAGCGGUUUUAUACAAGCCUGCUCGAUAAGGCGAUGAAGGAGGAGCCUGUUGAGAUCGGUAAAGAAACGAUGAUCAUGGGGAGAAGUUGUUCAGAGGAGAACGGUGAGGCAGAGAGACUCAGGGCUUUGGCUACCAAAUCUCUUUCCUUGGGAAAGAAGAUUGUAUUGGGAUCCGUGUUUAAGAAGCUCGGAAUCAUCUUGCAUUGGGAUCCAUGUUUACUAAUUUCUUUAUUUUAAUUAUUUUAUGUUUGG